AUGAUUCCGGGAAUCGUUCUGCAGCUGUUUGGCACUUUGUUCUACGUUGCAGUACUGACUGUCAUUCGAAAAAUAAAGAACUACAAUAAGGAUUCCAGUACGCAUCUGAAUAAGUCACCUCCGUUCUACACGAUCUUCUAUUACAUUGGUUCGUUUCUCGAUCUUUGUACUUUUUCUAAUUUUGAGUUUCUGCUUUGUAGGUAUCUCGGAUGUAGUGCACAGUGUUGCCCUUAUUUGGAUAAACAUUGUUCGCUCCUCCGUCACUGGUGAUAUGUUCUCCUCCAUGACAUACAUCGCGAGUACCCUGACCUGCUUUUGCUAUCUUGUCAAUGUAAUCGGAAAUGGAUUAAUGGCGGUCAACCGCUUUUCGGCCACGUAUUCUACGCACUGGCAGGUAAGAGCUCCGAGGUUUCGACUAAACUCUAUUCUUUUUAGUCUCAAUAAUUUUUUUCUGACCAAGUUAUUUGUAGCACUUCUCAAAGUUCAAUACUCACGUCUUGGUUGCCGGCACUUUUGUGUUUUCUGCAAUCUGUUCGGUGCCAGCUGCCAUGACUCAUAAGCAUUGGACCUACGAAAAUGGAACGUUUCACGCCAUAACUGAGCCUAUCACCCUUGUCGAGGUAGGAAGAAUUACGGAAGAACUGAAAAUAAUGAUGAUUGGAUUCCAGGCACAGAGAGUGAUUAUUAUAUCCGCCCAGGGAUUAUUCCUUUUCAUCGCCGUACUCUUCUCCUACUUAGCUUACCAUAGAAUCAGCCAGUUCAUCCAGAAAGACAGAUAUCAUAAAAGUGAUAAAACUCUUCUGGCGUUCGUCAUCAUUCACACUUUCCUUCAUUUCUGGAUCCUUUUCUUCGAAAUCUUUGAACUUUUCCGUCCCGAAUGGGCGUUGAUAAAGUUCGCUCACAAAUAUGUAAGUUAAGAAUGACCACGUUAUCAUAAAGCAACCAAAAAUUGUCUUCCAGAUGUUCGCAGUUUAUCACGGAGCCGCACUCUCCAGUGGAGUCUACAUCACGUUCACCACUUCAAAAGUCAGAAAGAUGCUCGUUAAGGGUUGGUGCAAUGUGAUGGUUGGCCCGAUGCAACAAAUAGUCACUGGAUCCACGCCGAAUAUAAUAACGGUUUCUAGUUCUAUUAAGUUUCAGAGCCCUCAGCCGCAUUCUUAAAGUUACUUGUACCUUUAUUUGUUCUCCAUUAUCUAAUGAAGUGGUGGUAUUUCUCAACUCGAGACGUAUUAGUGGACAAAACUAUUAAAACCUGGGCCCACUACGUAGUCUAACAGUUCAACUUACCACUUUUUUCAUCUGUAACAAAAUAUUUGUGACGGGAUAUUGUUCAAACCAAACAUUAUCAGGAAUCAUACAGAGACAGAAAGUGAAAGGGACAGAUUGUACGCCACCAAUUUAAUGGAUCACCUAACACAACGGCUGAUUGACAAUUUCGAUCGGAAUAUUGCAAGUGGUUCAAAGGUCCAGAUCAAGGGCCGGCCAACGAAAUGCCCGUGUCGGCCAAUUGCCCAGUCCUGCUCACAGUCAGAAACCACAUUUUACACUUUUAGUCUCCUGCGCCACGUCAUGAUCAAGGAAAAACGAAUGUCUUCGUGUUUGUGUGUCUAGGUUUGUCCGAUUUUGAUUUCUCUUUCAUUUCAUUACGUCGAUGCAAUCGCUUUGUCCCGAUUCACAUUCAUUUUAUUUCUUCUUCCAAUUGUGUUCCUCCUUGGUUUUGAAUAACACUUUUUCCAAUUCAGAUGACUCAAGACGAGAGCUUGAUGGAAGGACACGAGCAAGUGAAAGAUGCUAAUAUAGGAUACUGUAAAUAUGGAAAUGGCCCCAACUAUAUUAUUUGCAUUUGUGGUGCCGUCGGGUGCUACAAGAAGGAUUGGCCGCUAAAUGUUCUCUCCCAUUUUCCUCCCGGUGAAGUAACUAUGGUAUGCAUUGACCCACCUGGAUACGGUACUUCUCGACCGCCAGAUAGAAAACAAGAGGUUCAGCGAUGCAUGAAGGACAGCGAGUACUGUCUCGGAUUAAUGUCUGUGAGUGCUAGUACGCGUCUCGAAUGAUCAAACAUCCAUUGUUUCAAACACAGGCUUUGAAAUUAGAGCCGUUCACUGUGAUGGGAUGGUCUGAGGGCGCUCGAACUGCAGUCCACGUGGCUGCCAAGGGGAAGGAAAGGGUGAAACGAUUGAUUGUUCUGGCUAGUGGAACAAGAGUCAAUCAUUUAGGAGCUAUGGCUUUCAAAGGUUUAUUUUAUUACUUUCAAGGAAUAAUCUGAAAUUAAGGUAUGCGGGAAACCAACCACUGGCUUCCUGGUGCUCGGCAACCGUAUCUCGAGCAUUACCCUGAGGAAUUUCUCCGAACCCAAUGGGCUGCUCUUUGUGAUGUCGUUGAUCAGUGAGCACUCUUUUAUAUAUCAUCUUCCUAUAGAGAAAUCCUAAUUAAGAGUGCACACAUUUUGCGGCGGCCGAUUUCCAUGUGACCUAGUGCUUUCUCAGGUCACGUGCCCUACAUUAAUUCUCAACGGAGGAAUGGACAGAUUCUGUGGAGACCCGAGCACAAACUACCUUCCAGUGCUGAAAAAGCUCGCCAGAGUAGAGGUUCAUGCUCAAGGAGGGCACGAUUUCUAUCAUAAGUAUCCGAAGUGGUUCUCUGGAAAAGUGAUGGAAUUCUUGAUGUCCACAUGA